AAAUGACAACUGUCAAAUUUGAUGUUUACAAAAAAAAUUUCCUGACCAACUUGAUUAAAAACGUACAAAAUAAUUUUAUAAAUUCUUUUAACAAAUUCGCUCUUUUAUAAUUAAUAAAAUCCCAAACAAAAUCAUGGACGAAUCACCUGGAAGUAAAGCUCUACAAAACAUGAAAUCCUUAUCAAAUAGUCUUGUUGAAUUUAAGAAGCCAACGAUUCCAAAAAAACGCAAUAAACCAAAAAUUCUUACUGAGGAAAAAUACAUUGAGGAACUCUCUAAAAUAAUUCAACGUGAUUUCUUCCCCGAUUUGGAUAAAUUACGAGCUCAAAAUGAUUACCUAGACGCUCUGGAAAAGAACGAUCAUGUUAAAAUGCAAGAAAUCCGUUCAAAAUACAGUGGAAAACAAUUUUCUGAACGAAGUCGAUCAAUGACACCAGCUACAUUUGAAACUCCACAAAUCAAUCCCACGGGGAGCUCUCCAACACACCACAGACCGCCUUCAGUAAGCGACACUCCCAAAUCAACACAGUCUUCAUCCUCAAGUGAACCAAGAUCACUGUCGACAUCACACACUCUAGAUUCUUUCCUGCAAGCCUACACCAGCGAAGAUAAUUAUAGUUUUCAAGAAAUCAUCGAAACAGCCGAUGAAAAACUACGAGAAAAGUUUUCUGUCCUCUAUAAUCAGGAAUUCCUAUCUGCAGACAAAUUGGCCAGAGCUUUGACUUUGCCCAAUAUUGAGACACAAUUUAGUGAAGCAGAUCCACAAAGAUCGAUAGAAACAUGGUCCUAUCGCAACAAGAACUAUAUAAUGUACAUCCCUGAGGGUGUAGAGCUCACAGAGGAUGAAAAAAUCGAAAACAUCAAUAGACGACAAGUCAUAUCACACAGUAACACUCGUCUAUCAAUGAAUCCAUUCAAUGAAUCCCGAAACAAAGAAACAAUGUCAGAAAUUAUCAAAACCCAAUCACAAAUGGUCAACGGCAAAGUUGGUGUUGAUGGGAAUAUCAUGAAUUUGAAGAAUGUCCCAAGUGUUGGUGGUUUUGAUUUGGUCAAAACUCCAUCACCUCGACCGGGUGAAGCAUUUAGUCCUCUGAUGACAUGGGGUGAAAUUGAAGGAACCCCCUUUCGAUUAGAUGGCAGUGAUACGCCAGUUAGAUCGAAUAAUGGUCCUUCUUUUCGAAUCAAUGAGAAUUCAAGAAGAGAAACUAUCGCCUUGGCUUUGGCUGAAAAAGUUGGUGAAAAGAUGCGAGCACAAAAGCAACGUGCAAUGGACACUGCAAGGAAAAAUAUCGGUUCGCCUUUUAUUAGAUCGUCAAUGGAUCGAUUGGCGUCUAUGUCACCGGCAGCAAGACGUUUAGCAACAUCAAAAUUAGGUCUGCGUACACCUAGUCCGCUGAGGACACCAGCGGCACCUUUUGGAAAACAAAAAACGAAAACAACUCCUUUAUUAAUUGGACAACGUAGAAAAACACCGAUAGGAUCGGCUUCGGCAUCUUCUGAGGCUUCAAGGGCUCCCGAUUUGACUGAUGAUUUGUUGAAAAUUCCUACAAAACGAUUAAAUGCAUCGGAUUUCUUUUGAAAUUUCUACACGAUGCGUGUAGAUAUAACUAAAUUAAUUAGAAAAUAGUUAAAAUAAAAUUUUCAUUUGUUUCACAAGGAAUUGAAA